AUGGCCACCAUAACCGAAGCCGUUCACCACUUAGUCUCCCUACAUUUAUGCGAUCAAAGUACCCCCAUUGAUGAAUGUGGAAGAUCAACCAAAGAGCAUAGGGAGGAGAAGAACUUGGAGCUUCAAGGUGAAGAAGAGGAGUUAAAGCAAGAGUUACAACAAGAAGAGGUAGUUGAGAUCAUUAGCAUAGAGGAAGUGGUUAGAGAAUUGAGGAAAAUUGUUCAAUAUGACUCAAGUGAUGGGAAAGAUCCAGAAGACAUUGGUGAAGAAGUAUUUGAAUUUGAGAAAGUUUGGCAAGAGGUGGAGAUUGAAGAAUUUAGUCAACAUUUGACCUUGAAUGUUCAACACCCCUAUAAGCCCCUUGUCGAGGCUAUAAAGAAGUUCAAAGUUGCAAAGAAUGCCCUUGCACAAGUUGCAUGGAACUUUGUUAAUGAUGGGCUGAGGACAUCGCUCUGCCUGCAAUUUAAGCCACAUCAUAUUGCAGCAGGUGCCAUUUUCCUUGCUACCAAGUUCCUGAAAGUGAAGCUUCCAUCAGAUGGGGAGAAGGUUUGGUGGCAAGAGUUUGAUGUCACCCCACAUCAACUAGAGGAAGUUAGCAAUCAAAUAUUGGAACUCUAUGAGCAGAAUAGAAUAUCACCAUCUCAAGAAAGUGAAGUAGAAGCAAGUGGUGGAGGGGCAACGAGAUCUGCUACAAAAGCUCCUGGUUCGAAUGAGGAGCAGGCCUCAAAACAUACAUCCUCACAUCCAGCUCCGUAUCACUCAUCUGCAGAAAAUCAUGUGGUAGCACCUAUGGGAACAGAAAACCAAAGCAAUGAUGGGAGUGCAGAAAUGGGCAGUGAGAUUACUGACCACAAGGCUGACCUGGAAAUAAGAGAGUCCCGGAACUCUGAACAGUUUCCUCUGAAAGAUAACAAGAGAGAAGUAAAAAAUAGAUCUAAAUUUGGGACUGAACGCAUAGUUUCAGGAGACCAGGAUAGAAUUGUUGGGACAAAGGAGGCUUCAGAAGUAGGAAGGAAGGAUGAUCUGGGUUCGCAUAAGUAUAGCAGUGUUGGUCAAAAUAUGGAGCUUCGUGAAGGUCCUGUUGGUCACUCACCCAAAGAAGAAAUGAAGAUGAUUGACACAGACAAAGUGAAGGCUGCACUGGAAAAAAAGGAGGAAGGAGCGAGGGGAAAUGACCUUAAAGAAAGAUGUAAUGGAUGAGGAUGAUCUCAUUGAGAGAGAGCUCGAAGAUGGCGUUGAAUUAACAGUUGAGGACGAGAAAAACAAGCGCCAGAGAUGUGUUAGUUUUCAUUCUCCCAUUCAUGAGUCUGCCAUCAACAUCUCCUCCACUUUUCUAUUACCCUACCAUCGACAUUUCCA